AGAAUGCAGCAUUAUAGUACUCUAUGUUGGCGUCCGCCCGCUGGCAUGGAUCUGAUAGCGACAAUUUGGGGAGUAGGUGUGCAGGCUACUCAAGGCUCGAGACUGAACCUACAUUUCAGUACUACCUGUAUUACAGAAGUAGACCAGAACCUCACGUCGCAAAGGCUACUACUACCACCAAGGGAAAUAUAAUAAAUCCUCGACACUGACGCUGACACUGACACGGCAUCCACAACCGAGGUAAGGCAUCGAAGAACUAGAACAAUGCCGGUAUCCACCUUUCCAUCUUUCUGCCCGUCUGUCUCCCGGACCAUUGGACUCUAUGUAUACCGAUAGAGACUCAUACAGUACAUUUGAACGGACUUGAUAACUGGUCAUUGGUCUCAUGGAAUCGAUGUGCAGUACCUAAACUGUACCGCCCACACCACAACGACUGCUAGACUCACUGAAAAGAAAUCCGAGCUCUGAGUCAUAAGAUGAACUUGAAGAAGCAGCAUUAUUAAUUAAUAAUAAUAAACAACUCUCUCACGUCCACGCUGCUAUCGCCAUCGCCAUCGACAUCAUGGACAACAGCAAUCUCGCCACCAUCAUCUCGACACUCCAAACCAUCCUAGCCACGACUCCGCUUCUAGACCGUGACGGUGACCAUGACCGUGACCGGCGGGAUCUACGAGUCCUUCCUGUGGGAGGUAUUCCUGACCUGGAGACGCUUGAAGUACAAUCACGAGCACAGGCACACGCCAUCAGAACAGCUGCUAUCACAACUACUACGAGACAAUCGAACAACGAAACCGACAUCAGAAACGGGAAUGAUACCAAGUUCGACUCUCGUCUUCGGACGGAGUUCGAUCCGCUCACUCAGUUAGCAACCCAUCUCUCAACCGACAUCAUCCCGUUCCUAAACCUAUCAUCCCUCUCGCCAAACUAUUAUGGUUUCGUGACCGGUGGAGCCACACCAGCCGCGCUGCUCGGCGAUUUUUUGGCCUCUGUCUUCGACCAGUCUGUCCAGGUUCAUUUGCCGCAAGAAACGAUCGCGACGACGUUGGAAGUCGUCGCAUUGAAUCAGUUGGUCAGGUUGUUUCGGUUGCCUGAGGAGGAGUGGGGGAUCGGAGGGCGGCGAAGGUCGGAGACCGAGCCGGACACCAAGUCGAAGACCAAGACCGAGGCCGAGGCUGAGACUGACCAACAACGUGGUUUUACUACUACUCCUUCCACCACCACCACCACCACCAGAAGAAAUUUAGGCGGCGGUGGCACAUUCACAACAGGCGCCACAGCAAGUAACGUGCUCGGACUAGCCUUGGGUCGAGAAUACGUGCUUCGAAGGGCAGUCGAACUGAAGGGAGCACUCCCAGACGAUCCUGCUGUCGAAACUAACUACAGCUGUGGCGAACACGGCAUCGCCGAACUCAUGACCCAAGCGGGCGUGCGCAAGAUCCAAGUCCUCACCACACUGCCACACUCGAGUAUUGCCAAAGCAGCCAGCAUUGUGGGGAUCGGUAGGAAGAAUGUGGUUUCUAUAAAUAAUCCCAAGGAUCCGUUGCAGAUUGAUUUGGAGUUGCUCGAGAGCGAAGCUCGAAAGAUUCGUGACGAAAGUGGUGCAGGGGCAGUGCUGUCUAUUCUGGUGGUUUCGGCCGGAGAAGUCAAUACAGGUCGCUUCGCUACAGAUUCGCGGGAGACGAUGGUGCGUGUUCGCAGGAUCUGUGAUGAGUACGGGGUUUGGGUUCAUGUCGAUGGGGCGUUUGGGUUGUUUGGGCGGGUUUUGAAGGGUGACGAAGGCGAAGCCGAAGCCGAAGCUGCAGGAGCCGCCGCAACAGCAACAACCACCGCCGCCGCCGUCGACGACAACAGUGAUGCUGCUGAUAAAAUCGGAUAUUCUGACAUCAUCCGCGGAGUUGACGGUUUAGAACUCGCCGACUCCAUCACCUCCGACUGUCACAAAUUGCUCAAUGUCCCCUAUGACUGUGGAGUGUUUUUCACCCGCCACAAAACGCUCAGUGAGGCUGUCUUUGGCAACGGCAAUGCAGCCUACUUGACGAGCAUGGCCUCCGCCUCCUCCGAUCAAAUCCAGUCACCACUUAAUAUUGGAAUCGAAAAUUCAAGACGGUUCCGCGCCCUGCCUGUCUAUUGUACCCUUAUGGCGUAUGGAGUAGAAGGAUAUCGAGACAUAUUGAAGCGGCAGAUUGGGUUGGCGAGACGAGUGACGAGAUGGUUGCUUCAAGACGAAAGGUUCGAGGUUUUGCCCACCAGUGGCGAGGGUGAGAAUGACACUGCUGGACGAGAAAAAGAACUUCUGCGCAAGACAUUCAUGGUGGUCUUGUUUAGAGUCAGAGACAGGAACAAAAACAAAGACUUUGUGAAGAAUGUCAAUAAGACGGGGAAAAUAUAUUUGACUGGGACGGUGUGGGAGGGUGAACCUGCUGCUCGGAUCGCAGUGAGUAACUGGCAGGUCGAUGUCGAGAAAGAUACGAAGAAGAUUGUGGACACUUUUGAUCAAGUGCUGAAACAGAUCUGAUGAAUAACAAAAAAGUCGUCAAGACAUGAGUAAUAUAGCUUCAUUUGAUUGCAAUGCCUGAAGAAUUCAUGGUCGUGAAGAACGCUUCUGUACAAACAGAGCCGCUAGGUAAAGAAUCCAUCGUGACUGGAACACUCCUCUCGCCCGGCUUCCAUGAGAGGACUUGAUUAAAAUACAGCCCCGCCUAUGAUAAAUAUUCGC